AUGGACUCGACCAAGGACUACAAGAAGGAGACGCACGAGUCAUUUGGCAUCUUUUCUUGGGCAACACAAGCCGUUGCGGUCGGUCAUCCGUCGUCAGCAGUCUUGGGUGCUGUUUUGCUCAAUCUGCAACAAGAAUUCUAUCUCUUCAUUUUUUUUUUAUUUCUUUUUAAUUUCUUUUUGUUGAUCCUUUGUUUUAUUUCUUCCUUCUUUGUGUUUUCUUUUUUAUUCAUCAUUCUUUUCUUUCAAACUUUUGUCGUUUUUCAACCACCUUUUCCACAAUUUCUUUUUUAUUCCUUAUAUUUUAAAUCUUCAUUCAACACUACCAUCAUUUGUUUUUCAUACUUUUCUUCUUUUCCACUUCCACAUUUCUCUUUUUUUCUUUUACUCUUUCAACUCUUUUUUUCAUUCUCCUUUUUCUUUCACUCUUCUUUUUACUUUCUUAAUUUUUCUUUCACUCUUUUUUUACCUCUUUUAACUAUUAUUUUCUUUUUCUUUCACUCUUCUUUAAACUUUUUCAUUCUUCUUUUUAUUCUUUCUCUCUUACCUACUCUCCUACUCAUGAGCUUUACUUUGCUUUUUCUUUAA